UACCGAUCAUUCUCACUGACGCCAACACGGGCCUUGGCAAUAUAGGCAACAAGCAGUUCAACGACGAGUGCAUUGGACCCUUCGACAAUGGCCACGAGAACGAGAACGGCAAAGCCCUGCACGCUCUCAUGCAACUGCACUCGCUAGGCGCACUCAACACCCACUACAAGGUGGGGGCCACCUACAUCGGACAUCAUGGUGCUACUACCAUCGACUACAUGUUCGCCCCAGUAUCACUGAUCCCAGACGCCACCUGCCGACGUUGGAUGGCUUCGGCAAGGCGGACACGCAAGAGCAAGUUCUUCUUCGAUCACGUCCCGAUUGUUGGCUACUUCCAGCUCCCUUGCCCUGGGCACGAUAGCACCGCACGGUCGGGCUGGAGCUGGCCCAUUAUGUGCAGAUGUCUUCAGGAAGGACGGGAAGGAUUUCUCCAGGACCUUCAGGACAACUUAGAGAAGUACCAGGAGGAGUUUGCGGAAGUACGCACCGACCCCUCGCCCGACAGGUGCAUGCACCUCCUCGUCGCCGUCACCAGACAGGUCGCUCUCAAGCAUCUUUCGUCCAGCCAGGAGCGCCCCGACUGCUACAGGCAAGCGAUGAGGAGGAGACUGGACCUGCUCGCGGGGCUAGGAUGCGACGGAGGUUUCAACGCGAGCACGCCCGACGACGCCUACUUGGUCACCAUGCUCGCCCCGCGGGCCACAAAGUACGGUGAACGAAUACAACUACCUCCGCGACCUGACGGACCUGGCACCCACAUCGGCGCCCGCGACCUCUUAGCGGGCGACGAAGACUUCAACGCCACCAGGCGCCAUCUGAGGAGGAUGAAACGCAGAGAGUUCGCACCGUGCUGGAGCCUGCCGACCGAGAUUUUCCUGAUUAUCACCAACCCCUCCUUCCUCAGCAAGCCUGCCGCACAGACUGCGGGCCUCGGGCCAUUUCAAGCAUUUGACCCGAUGGACUUCGAGAAGGCGAUUGACCCGACCAAGAGGAAGCUACCACUGGAUCAUUGCACGAAGCCUGCCAAGAUACCCAUCGAGAUUCAUGCGUUUGCACGAGCAUCGCAGAGGGCCCCUAGCCAAACCAACAUGGGCCAGACAUUUGCCCUCGACAAGAAGAAAG